UAUAAAAUAAAUUCCAAGUUUAAUAUGCUUAAUCAUUAUCAAGUUCACAUAUCUAUGAUAUCCAAUUUCUUUCAUUAAAAAAUCGAACUCAUCAAUUUAAAUAAUCGUACUUUGCCUUCACGAUCUUUCAAAGUAUAUAAGAGCUACUACUGAGGAGGCGGGUGUUGUUUAAAAUAUUUUAUCUGUUUAUGAGGAGAAUUUAGGACAAACAGUGAAUUAUGUGAAGUCUUCUUUGUCUUUUAGCCAGAAUAUUGGGGAGCAGCAAUUUAAAGGAGCCUGCUGCAGUAUUUUUGGGAUUCCGAUGGUAGGUGGUCAAAGCAGAUAUAUAUAUAUCGGUCUACCAACACUGGUGGGUAGGAAUAAAUCUGCUAUCCUAGGCUACCUAAAAAAUAAAAUUUUUAACAGAAUAAAGAACCGGAAUAAUAGAUUUUUAUCCAGGGCAGGUAGAGCGGUUCUGUUAAAAAAUGUGAUUCGGGCUAUGCCUAACUAUGCCAUGAAUGUUUUUUGCUGCCAAAUAAUUUAUGUGAUAAAAUUGAGAAAUUAAUGAAUGACUUUUGGUGGAGGGGCACUAAAUUUGAGUAGAAGGGGCUGAGGUGGAGACGAUGGGAGACCCCCUGUAAGCUGAGAAAUUUGGGGGGUCUAGGCUUUUGAAGAAUAAGAGAUUUUAAUUUGACAAUGUUAGCUAAGCAGGGUUGGAAGUUAGUGACGGAGCCAUCCAAUCUGAUGUGCAGAGUGCUGAAGGCUAGGUAUUUUCCGAACUCAGAUUUUUUGCAUGCUCAGGUUGGGAAUAACCCUUCUUUCAUUUGGCGUAGUAUUUUUGAGACACAAAAUAUUCUCAAAAAUAAUAUCCGAAGGAGAGUUGGAAAUGGGAUCGAUGUCCAGGUGUGGUCCGAUGCUUGGCUCCCUGGAGAGGGGGCAGGACAUGUUACAUCUGCCAGACCGACAGGAAUUAGAUACAUGAAUGUUGCAGCUCUGCGCGACAUCACAGGGAAAAAGUGGAACAGAGAGAGAAUUACUAAUGUUUUUAAUGCAUAAGAUAGGUGGAAGAUUUUGAGCAUCCCUAUUAACUCUUAUGACAGGAAGGAUAGUGACGUGCACUUUGUCGUGUGUGCACUCAAAAUAAAUCGAUACUAACACUUAUACGUAGUAUAUGUGAAGUAGAGUUCGUAUUCACAGGGAAAUGAAUAAUUUAUCUUUUUAACGAAAG